AUGAAGCCUUCCAUGAAACCUGAGACCUUCCUGCUGGCCUCUGCGCUGCUCUGCACCCUCCUGGGUCUGGGGUGCUCACUAAGCUGUGAGCUGUGUGUCAGCGACGGUCCCAACUGCAAUGGAAAACUGCAGACUUGUGCCCCGGACGAGGACUCCUGCAUUGUUGUCGUGACUGAGAGCAACAGAAAGGGCUCCUUGGCGGUGACCAGCUACAAGGGGUGUGCGAAAUCCAGCAAGUGUGAAUCAGGAUCCUUCACCAUCACCGUGAACACUGAGAACCAACUGGGCUCCAAGAGGCGCUGCUGCCAGGACGAUGGGUGCAACCAGGACCCCAUGCCUGCGUUCGUGAGAAACCACACAGAGAAUGGCCUUCGGUGUCCUUCCUGCAUCACUGCCUUUACGGAAACAUGCACUUCGACUCAGGAAACAGUCUGUGUUGGUGAGGAAACCCACUGUGUCGCCGUGUCUGGCCUCACACAGCCUGGUAUCAAAUUUGCUGCCCAGGGCUGUGGUACGGAGACCACCUGCCACAGCAAGCCUGGGACCCUGGUGCCCUCAGGCUCUCGUUUGUUGACCAUCAAGAAAACCAGCUGUCGUCCAAGCUCCCAGGCUUCUGGCAAGGCUGAGUGA